CGCGGUUCGAUGGCCUUUUUGUUUGUGAUUUACCGAAUUUUUUAAUGACAGGAAAAUGCUCAAAUUCAUUAUGUUUGCAGACAAACAAAUCGGUUUUUUACCCAAGUGCAUCGAAGUGUGAUAGAAGACACUGAUUUUUAUAAUAAAUGUGGAUUCGUUAAAGUGUUUUUUGAUAAUUCAAAGAGUCUGAAUUAAAAUAAUAAUGCUGGCUGGACAGCUAAAGUGCAAAAUGUUUGUUUGUGUGUGCAUAGCAAUUUUUGUUCUCCUAGACCUAGAGAUAAGACCUGUGUCUUCCUGGCCUUCACGAUUCGACCACCAUCAUCGUUACCAUCACCAUAGUUGUGAUGAAGAUUGGCAUGACCACGAUCACGACUUUUCCCACCAUGGACAUGAAAAGGAUUUGGAUGAAGAGCAUCCCUUUAAACCCAAAUAUGAUAUUCUUGAAAAUGAUUUUCACGAAGAUCAUCCUUUCAAACCCAAACAUGAAAGCCACCAAAAUGAUUUCAACAGCAAAGAUUUCGAUUACACGGGUCUGUUCGACCUCGACCCUGCAGCUUCCGAAAGAAUCAUGACACGAGUUCCACCAAAAGGAAAGUUUUCUAAUGAAAGGGGCAUUGUGACCUCUGGCCAACGAUUGCCUUCUUCUUGUAGGUGUAUUGAUGUCAAAAAAUGUCCGGCAGUUAUGGAACAAAUUCAGUGGAGGCCAAUCGAUGAUGAUCUGAGGAGAAGAUUGAGAUCUGCGGCUUGCGGUUUUCGCGGAUUUGAGCCACAGGUGUGUUGUCCACCAACAAUUGAUGAAGGACGCACUAGAAGAACGCCUUUCAAUUCUUGGGAAGAAGACAACGAAAGUAGUAGUGAGUUAAAUUUUAACCAAUUCGGAGGACUUACCCAUUCGCCUUCUGGAAACAGACCACCUGAUAGAAGACCAUCAACUAGGAAUCAAUCUAGACCCAGGACCCAACCUGUCUUGUGGCCCGGAGAAAAGGUAGCUUCAACGACCCAAAGAAAUGGUGGUUCUUCGAGAGAAAUCUUUUCUUCAGUAAAUGUCCUUUCAACAACGACUAAACCAUUGUCUUUAGACAAAAGUGGUAAAAGAGAUGAUAGAAUUAUCAAUCGAGGUUCUUUAAUUAAUCCAAGAACCUGUGGAGUGGCCAUAAAUAACAGAAUUAUUGGAGGCGACGACGCCGGUCCUGGACAAUUUCCAUGGGUGGCCAGAAUUGGGUACAAAACACCGGGGAGCAGAAAAUUGUUGUAUCGAUGUGGAGGCGCUAUGAUCAACAAGGACUACGUGAUUACUGCUGCACAUUGUGUGACAAAUCUUCCACAAACAUUGCAAUUAUCUGGUGUACGUUUGGGAGAAGUGGAAGACAACAACACAUCUGAACCAAAUGACUGCUCAGGUGUGGAUUGUGCGGACGCACCCCAAGAUUUUCGAAUUGGCAAGGUCACCGUACAUUCUCGAUAUGAUGUCCCAAAAUUUGCAAACGACAUUGCUUUGAUUAGAUUAUCCAGAUCAGCAAAUUUAACAGGCUACGUUUCGCCAAUUUGCUUACCUGUGGGACAGUACAGCCUUCCACGUGGAAAUGAUUUGACUGGAAACACAGCUAUAGUUGCAGGAUGGGGAUCAAUGACUCCAGAUAGUGCUACAUCAAGCACAUCUUUGCAAUGGGUUAAAUUAUCUGUUGGCGAUUUGGAAGAAUGCAUCUCGACUUACAGAAAUAGAUUUAAUAUAAGUGUAACACAAACUCAUAUGUGUACAAGACCGAAGGCCAAUGUCGAUGCAUGUCAAGGAGACAGUGGCGGUCCUUUAGUAAUGGAGAGCCCAAACGAGAGGUACCUCCUGGCUGGCAUAGUAUCAUUUGGACCCCGGCGUUGCGGAACGGCGGACCUUCCGGGGGUCUAUACGAGGGUCAGCAGUUUUGUGGAUUGGGUCGUUGCUAACGUCCGACCGUAG